AUGGCUACCACUCUCCUCCUCUCCCUCCUCCUCCUCCUCCUCUCUCCUCUCACCUUCUCCGUUCCCACGCCCACGCCCACGCCCACGCCGACCCCGCUGGUGCGGAGCACGUGCAACGCCACCACAUACUACGACCUCUGCGUCGCCUCCCUCUCCUCCGACCCCGCCGCCGCCGCCGCGCGCGACCCCACCGCGCUCUCCUCCAUCCUCGUCUCCCGCGCCGCCGCCGACGCCGCCAACGCCUCCGCCGCCGCCGCCUCCCUCGCCGGCGCCGCCGCCGCCGCUGAGCCCUCCGCCGCCGCGCUCCGCGCCUGCGCCGCCAAGUACGCCGCCGCGCGCGACGCCCUCGGCCGCGCGCUCGCCGCCCUCGCCGCCGCCGAGUACGACUACGCCUUCGUCCACGUCGGCGCCGCCGCCGAGUACCCCCGCGCCUGCCGCGCGCUCUUCCGGCGCCAGGCCCCGCGCCUCGCCUUCCCCGCCGAGAUCGCGCGGCGCGAGGACGCGCUCGAGCGCCUCUGCACCGACGCGCUCGACAUCAUCACGCUCCUCGGCGACUAAAGAAAUGCAGCGUAGCUGGAGAUGCAUACAAUCUACUUGAUUAUAAUACAAUACGCGGCACUGUAGUUAUAAAUAAUUUAUUUAAUUACAUACAGUCGAGAACUUAUGUUUAUAUAUUUUAUUAUUUUUUAAUAUGUAAUGAUGAGGUUAUCUUUAAUGUAAACAAAUUAUAUUUUGUGUUGAA